AAAUCAGAUCACAAUUUCAGAUUUUCAGUUAACAUCCUUACUUACUUCCUGCCAUAAAAAAUGACACAGAGAAAUCCUUUGUACUUUUUUUACCUACUAAUACCAUUCUUCUGUAUGUUGAUCAUUCCAUCCUACACCAAUAAUGUCACACCACCACUUAUAUCUUCCUACAAUGACCGCAUUCGUCCACUACUUGAUGCAGUUGACAAGCUCAGAAAGCUUAAAGCAACAGACGAAGGCAUUCAACUCCCUACAAUUGUCGUAAUAGGCGACCAAUCAUCAGGAAAAUCAAGUGUGCUUGAGUCUUUAGCCGGAAUCAGCCUUCCUAGGGGUCAUGGAAUAUGUACAAGGGUCCCACUUAUUAUGUGCCUACAACACCACUCUAACCCAGAACCUGUUCUCUACCUUGAGUACAUGGGUAAAGUCAUACAGACUGAUGAAGCUCAUGUUUCUGAGGCUAUUAACUCUGCUACUCAAGAAAUUGCAGGGAAUGGUAAGGGGAUAUCUAAUACACCUAUAACACUUGUUGUUAGGAAAAAAGGUGUUCCUGACUUGACCAUGGUUGAUCUUCCUGGGAUAACUCGGGUUCCGGUACGUGGACAACCAGAAAAUGUUUAUGAGCAGAUUAGGGAUAUUAUAAUGGAGUAUAUUACUCCUGAAGAGAGUAUUAUUCUGAAUGUUUUAUCUGCAACGGUUGAUUUUUCGACUUGUGAGUCGAUUAUGAUGUCACAGGCUGUGGAUAAAACUGGGCAGAGGACACUUGCUGUUGUCACAAAACCUGAUAAGGCUCCAGAAGGGUUGUUAGAGAAGUUGACGAAUGAUGAUGUCAGUAUUGGUCUAGGGUACGUGUGUGUACGGAACAGGAUAGGGGAGGAAACGUAUGAGGAAGCGUGGUUGGAGGAGAUGAGGCUGUUUCAGUCUCACCCUUUGUUGUCAAGGAUUGAUAAGUCAAUUGUGGGAGUACCUGUGUUAGCUCAGAAGUUGGUUCAGAUACAAGCUAACAUAAUUUCCAAGACUUUGCCUAACAUUGUCAAGAAGAUCGAUGAAAAGUUGAAUGUCUAUGGUGUUGAAUUGAAUAACAUUCCACGUGGAUUGUCCUCGAUGGAAGAAGCUAUGGCGGUGUUCAUGCAUAUUGUGGGAUCGGUGAAGGAAUCAUUAAGGAAGAUCUUAAUCCGAGGAGAGUACGAGGAGUACCCUGAUGAUACGAGAAUGCAUUGCACAGCUCGUUUGAAUGAGAUGAUAGGUGGGUUCUCGAAGCUAAUGCAAUCAAAAGAAAAUGAUGUUAAUAAUAAAUCAGGUAGUUUCCUAAUGGAAGAGAUUCGAGUUCUUGAAGAAGCUAAAGGAGUUGGGUUGCCGAAUUUCCUUUCCCGAUGGGCUUUUCUCACUGCAUUGCAGAAGAAAGUGAAGGGAAUAUCACAAACACCGGUUGAUUUUGUGACUGAAGUCUGGGGAUACAUUGAGGGUGUAGUGAUUAAAGUAGGAAAAGGACAUUCUGAAAAAUACCCACUCCUUCAGAGCUUCAGCAAAAGAGCUGCCGGUAAUCUGAUUUCUAGGAUGAAGGAUCAGUCUGUUGCUCGUGUUAAGGAGAUUGUGCAAAUGGAGAUGUAUUCUGAUUAUACUUGUAAUCCGGAUUACCUAUCUGUUUGGAAUCGGCUUAUGUUGAAUCAAGACAAGUUUAUGAGUAUUGUGGAAGGCAAAACAGACUAUUGGGGUGCGAAGGUGACUGGUAUGGAGCUUGAAGGGUUUGGUGAGGUUGAAUUAGAGCAUUUGAAAGACUACAAGCACCUAGCAAAGCAAGCAUUUGAUAUGAAGAUGCGAAUAGAAUCAUAUUGGAGAAUUGUUUUGAAUAGGUUGGUGGAUUCUACGGCUCUUCAUUUGGUGUUUAGUAUUCAAAAUUUGGUAAAUAAGGAAUUGGAGUAUGAGUUUGUGGGCGAAUUGAUGGGUCCAUACGGGGGAAGCGCUGACAGGAUGCUGGAAGAGUCUCCUGCUGUGGCAAGCAAGAGAGACAAGCUCAAUAAGAGUAUACAAGUGCUGAAAGAGUCUAAAGAUGUUGUAUCGACAAUCUUGGACAAGAUUGCUGACAUAGAAUCAUUUUAGGUCAAAUUAGUUCUUUCUGAUCAAAAUCAGGGAUCAGAAAAGUGUUGUUUUGUGUGACAUUUGUGUCGUUUUUGUUGGUAGGUUUUGUGGAAAGGGUUGUUUUGUGUGACAUUGUGUCGUAUUUGUUGGUAGGUUUUGUGGUUUUAUGUGUAUUAACGUCUGCAGUUUAGCAGCACCUUUUGGCAUCAAUAGCUUAUGUUAGUUUUCUUAUGCUGUUCAGAAGUUAUUCAUAUGUUGCAAAUGCUUGUAAAACAUUUCACGCAAAACACAGAUGUCAACCAGCAACAUUGUGAUGUUGAUCACACCUAAAUUUGACAGCAUCCAAACUCAACCAACCGAAAAUUAAUGGUACACAAAUCAAAUUUGAUGCAACAGAUCCUAUUUGUCAAACAAGUGCAAGACAAAAAAUAACUCGCAUUGAUUAAGUAUUGAAAAGGAAAAAAAAAAUCUACUAUAUGACAUGUAGAUAAGAUGGUUACAAUCUUACAGAGGACAAAACCCUUCAAUAUAUGAAACAGUUGGUCAAUAUUCUUUGGUAUUUUCACAGCAAAAAAGUUUCUUCUUAAUUUCUUAACAACAAAGAAUUUCACAUUGACCUUUCUGUCUCUAUAAAUGGCAAUGACCCUAGAUUUCAUCCACAUCCCCAAGUAGAUUCUACGUAUUUUAUUUCUGUGGAAGUUACCAGUUUUCCUUUCCAAGUCGGCCAGAAGAAAAGAGAACGGCAAGUGGGUGUUAUGUGCACAAAGCCUCUAAAAAAAUCAUCUGUAUGUGCUGCAAGUUUAACACUAGUUUGGGUUUACAGCAUUUAACUUUCAAAUGCGGAGGUUUCUAACUUUCUAUACUACACUAAGAAAUCAUCCCCACAUAAACAAUGGAUUCUUCUCACAUUUACAGAAGCUUGUAAAACUGAAAGCACAAUGACUUCUGCAACUUUGAGUCUUCUGAUAUUCUCUCACAACUAAAACAAUAAUUAACCCGUUUAACUCCUGAUGAAGA